UUUCUUCCGCACUUCUAUGGGCCGAGCGAGGAAAGGGAGAGUGCAACGUGGGCGCGAGGGCCUCGGUCGCCGGCGUCAUGAGCCGCUUCAAGUUCAUUGAUAUUGGUAUUAACUUAACUGAUCCUAUGUUCAGAGGCAUAUACAGAGGUACUCAGAAACAUCAAGAUGACUUCUUGGAUAUAGUGGACAGGGCAGUUAAAACUGGCGUUAGAAAGUUCAUGAUUACAGGUGGAAGUUUGCAAGAUAGUAAGGAUGCAGUGAAGCUGGCACAAACAAAUGGCAUGUUUUACAGUACUGUUGGCUGCCAUCCCACCCGCUGUGGAGAAUUUGAGCAGGGUAACCCUGACCAGUACCUAGUGGAGUUACAAGAUCUAGCUGAGAAAAAUAAAGGGAAGGUGAUAGCAAUCGGGGAGUGUGGCCUGGAUUUUGACAGAUUAGAAUUUUGUCCUAAAGGCACCCAACUCAAGUAUUUUGAAAAACAAUUUGAUCUAUCCGAGCAAACAAAAUUACCAAUGUUUCUGCACUGCAGGAAUUCACACCCAGAAUUCAUAGAUAUCAUGAGGCGAAACAGAGAGAGGUGCGUGGGAGGAGUGGUGCAUUCUUUUGAUGGCACCAAAGAAGAGGCAGCAGCUAUAUUAGAGUUGGAUCUCUAUAUAGGAGUAAAUGGUUGUUCACUGAAAACAGAAGCCAACUUAGAAACCGUGAAGUCAGUUCCCAGUGAGAGAUUAAUGAUAGAGACAGAUGCUCCAUGGUGUGGAGUGAAAAAUACACAUGCUGGCUCAAAAUACAUAAAAACUACAUUCCCUACCAAGAAAAAGUGGGAAGCGGGACACUGCCUGAAGGACAGAAAUGAACCUUGCCAUAUAAUCCAAAUAUUGGAAAUACUAGCAGCAGUACGUGAAGAAGAUCCAUUAGAAUUGGCCAACACUAUGUAUAACAACAGUAUUAAAGUCUUCUUUCCAGAUAUGUAAAGCAGUAUGUAUUAUGGUACAAUCCAUUAAUUCUUUUAAAUAAAAGAAUUGAAAGUC